AUGAAAAACAGCAAGACUGGCGUCUUUGUCGGCAGUUUCACCAGCGACUUCCAGCAGAUAUCCUUCAAGAAACCCGACUUCCGUCACAGCUAUGCCGCCAUAGGUGUAGAUCCGGGUAUAAUCUCAGCACGCAUCAGCCACGUGUUUAAUUUACACAGGCCGAGCCUCACCCUUAACACGGCCUGUUCCUCUUGCGUCUACGCAGUUCACCAGGCGUUUAACACGCUCCGCAAUAAAGAGUGUAGCGGUGCUAUUGCCGCCGGGACCAACCUCAUGCUAAGUGUUGACCAGCACAUGAACACGGCAAAGCUAGGUUUUUUAUCACCAGAUUCAAGUUGUCACACUUUUGACGCAUCGGUCGACGGCUAUGGAAGAGCAGAAGCAGUAGGGGCCACGUACCUUAAGCGACUCAGCGAUGCCAUUCAAAACGGCGACCCGAUUCGUGCGGUCGUGCGGUCGUCGGUGGUGAAUUCCAACGGCAAGCUUCCCAACGUCGGGAUUACGCACCCCAACUUAGAAGACCCUCUCGAGGUCCACCCCGUCGCGAAGGCCAUGUAUACAAAAGGCGCCGAGGAAAUUGAGCCUCUAUGGAUCGGCGGGCUCAAACCGAAUGUUGGCCACAGUGAAGCAGCCAGUGGGCUUUCGGCACUUAUCAAGGCGGUGCUGGCCGUGCAGAAUGGGAUAAUCCCUCCCGUUCGAGACAUAGCCAAGCUGAAUCCCAACAUCAACUGGGAUGACUGGAAUGUCAAAGUCCCUUGCGAACCGCAAUAUUUCCCCGCCCAUCUGCCAGUUCGCCGGGUCAGCGUGAACAGCUUCGGGUACGGUGGCACCAACGGCCACUUUAUUGUCGAAGGCGUCGAGUCCCUCGUUACGGGGCACUCGCACGAUCAGACGAAGCAGAAGCUGGUCAAGGGUAGCGACUGGGGUGUCUUUUACCGGAAGAGACCAUACCUCCGUGGCUUCGUGGUGAGCAGCCCCAACGGUGUCACGGAAGCCUUUGGCAAUGUCGCCGAGAACUUCAUCUUCGCCGACAAGAAGAAGCCACCCGUUGUCUGGCUCGCCUUUACGGGCCAGGGAGCCCACUUCCUCCGCACCAUCCGCAGACUGGACCAGGUGCUAGGUGAUCUACCCAAUGGGCCCGAGUGGACGCUGGAGGAUAUCCUACACGGAGACGCCGCCCAGUCGCGGAUAGGCGAGGCCGAGUUUUCCCAGCCCGCGUGUACCGCCAUCCAAGUUGCCUUGAUCGACCUACUCGAAUCUUGGGGAGUCAAGCCCAUGUUCACCGUGGGCCACUCCUCUGGCGAGAUUGGCGCCGCUCACUUUCGGGGCAAGGUCGUCUCCAACAUUAACACGAACGGUGCCAUGAUAGCAGUGGGACUUGGCGCCGGGGCCGCAGACGUAUCUCGCAUGCUACGAGGGCCGAAUCGUGCUGGCCUGCCACAACGCCCCGGCGAUGGCGACUGA